GCGCAUGAUAAAAAAGCGGCGUUGGAGGAGACGAGGCGAUACACAGUGCAAAGUCUUGCCAGUGUCGCGUAUCAGGUGAACACACUGGCACAUGCUCUGUUGCAUACACUGGACUUGCAAGGUGAUAAAAUCAGUAACAUGGCAUCACAGGUUUUGAAUGUGGCCGAAAUCAUUGCGAUCCAUAAGGAAAAAGUAGCCAGACGAGAAAUCGGUUUUUUGACAGUGAACAGGAGCGUACAGAAGCAGCCCAGAGUUACCGUUAUUGCGACACAGACAAUGGAUUUUCGACUGGAAGAUCCAUUAUCGUAUACAUUUCUUGUCGUGUUUAAGGAGCGUCCUCAGCGAUACCAGCAUACUCCAAUCGAUUAUACAAUUCUGGACGGAUUGGGUCAUGGUGCCAAAGUUUCGGACAAUCGGUUGUACGUGACGCGUGUGCCCUCAGCAGCCUCCGGUGGAAGCGUAAACGCACAUUAUCCCGUCUUCCCCAAUUAUGAACAGUUGUUGCCCAAAGCAAACAUCACCGCAACAGUAAGAUUUCUUUUUUAA